AUGAAGGAAGCAUCAAAAAGGAAAAGGCAGAGUGUAACUAUAGAGGUCGUUGACCUGACAAAAGACAACAAGAAAACAUUCCCUAGUGGUACUGGUUUUUCUCCCGUGAGAAAAAAACUUUUUGGUGAUGUAAAAACAGAACGUGUAGAUGACUAUUGUUUCUGCACAGACGAUUCUCCCAUAAGUAAAAAACUUUCUGGUGAUGUAAAAACAGAACGUGUAGAUGACUAUUGUUUCUGCCCAGACGAUUCUCCCAUAAGUAAAAAACUUUCUGGUGAUGUAAAAACAGAACGUGUAGAUGACGAUUGUCUCCGAACAGAUGAUGAUCAUAUACAAUAUUACCGUAACAAUCGCGACCUGCCAAAGUUUAGUGAGAGCAGUCCUAACGUUGAAGAAAUAUUUAAUAUAUGUCUUCUUCACAACAUACCAGAGGAGAAACUUGUUAAGACAAAGCCAACCCGGAUCAAGGAAACUGCUACGUUUGUUGUGCAACAAGACUUAAUACAUCUUAAGCAUCCAUAUGACGUUGAAGCAGAUGACACACCAGGAUCUUUUAUCAAGCGAGAUCAGGUACGUUUCUAUCAAGCUACCAUAAGCGACGACGGGGAGCUAAGUUUAUCAACUGAAGUGCACGUGAGAAAGAACAAUAAAGGAAGCAUCAUCGGGGGAACGUACAACCGCCGUGAGAAUGGCAAAUGGAAAAGUACAACAGCCGAUCUAAGCAAAUUGUAUGCUGUGAUACGAAAACGGGCGGUACAUAAAGAAACUCUGAAGCAGUUUGACACUUCUUUUACACGAUACGUUAUUUUUGUUAUGCCCGUCCAAGAGUAUGACAGCGUUCAUGGAACUCUUACAACUCUGAAAGAAUACAAUAUCUGGUUGAAAAUGAUUAUUGUUCAGUAUUACUUUAGCUCUGGAAACCCUGUCCCUAUUGUCCCGUCAAAACAUGGAAAUGCAACUAAAGAAGACACACCGUUCUACAGACCAACUGAACACUCCGUCAAACAGGAAUGCAAAGAAGCCGUCAAGUCGUGUUCUACAGCGCCGCGACUGUUAGCAGAAUCCAUAGGUGACGCCGACGUGACUAUUUUGGAAAGUACAACAGACUCUGUUCGAGUCCGUAACCCAAAGCAAGUUUCCAAUUACAAAUUCAAUUAUGGAAGUAACUCGAAGUCCAGUGAUGAGAUCAAUGACGUAAUCCUUAUGUUGCUCCAGCAAAAUCAAGAAAAAGAUUUUUUCAUUUUAGAAGAAAACCAGCCGUUUGUCAGAGAAGUGUUAUUUCGUCAAGGAUGUCAGCCAGCCGUCGUCGCAUUCACAAACCAAACGCUAACGGACGUUUUGCGUUUUUGCACAAGAGCCGGAAGUGAAAAUUCGUUUUCUCCUUUGCUUGCUGACACGACUUUCAACAUUGCUGAAUACUAUUUUACGCAGACAGCGUACCAGAACUUGAGCUUACGCAAGCGGGAUUCUGUCAGGCACCCAUGGUUUCCAGGACCCCUUCUGAUCCACAGAAACAGAACAACUGAAGACUUUCAGUACUUUUGGCAAGCAGUUAAGCGUGAGAAACCCCAGCUGGAAGGACUACAUGCCGUGUGUACAGAUGAAGAUGAGGCAUUAAGUGGUGGGAUUCUGCAAGAAACGCGUGGCACAAUUCACCUGUUGGGAUUGGAACAUGUUCAAGACAGCAUUGAGAGAAAGCUCACAGAGUUGAAUUUUCCUGUUCGACAAAGAAAAUUAAUCCAAGCCGAUAUAUUCGGUGGUCCAGCGAUGGGAGUAGAUGGUUGUUUAUACGAUUGUGAAAGCGAAGAAGAAUUCAAUCAGAAAUCGAAAGCCUUUAAAACCAAGUGGGAAAAUAUUGAAAGAUCUUCCACGCAGAAUAAUCCACCCAAGUUUUGCACGUAUUUCAUCCGGUAUAAGGAGAAGCAAAUCAGAGAGAAAAUGACAAAAUACAUCCGUGAUCGUGCAGGAGUUCCGAGAGGCUUUGGUCAGAACCCAGUGGAAUGGUUGCAUUACAUGUCAAAGCGUGAGAUCGAUGCUGAAGCAGAUGGCGUUAAACACAGAGAUGUCAGUCUGACUGCAGCUGUUUCCAGCCUUAAGAAUAGGGUUCUGCGGUUAUACCAAGAUGCUGCGAAAGCUUUAUAUGGGCAAGGGCCAUACAGAUUGGAUGAGGAAUACGAGAAAUUUUCUCUUGACUACGACAGUUGGAAAGAUAUGUCCCCAGAAGAACGAAAGCGACUGAUGAAACGUUUCUUCACAAGUAUCUGUUGUCCACCUAUGCCUAUACUCAGGGAAGGUCCAAUUCCAACAUACGACGAAAUUAUAUCCAACGACGACGAGACCCAAUCAGUUGAAAUUACUGACAGCGCAACUGUAGUGCCAUCGCUUCCAACGAUUCCUCAAGUUCGGCGUCUCUCUAUCACAGCGGAUCAAUUUGGUAUUUCAGAAGAAAUUGUUCCCAACAGCACGCUCAGAGAUAUGAUUAAGAAUGCGGAAGCCCUAUUAAACGAGCCAGGUGCGAUACGGCAAGCAGCGUCCGACGAUCUUCGAAUAAGAACUGUAAAAAGCCGACUUGGCAAAGUUCCUCUCAUUGUAAAGCCGUCGAAAACUGGAAAUCAGCUUGAAUGUCAGUGUAGCGUUUACAAGGCCGUGGGUAUCUGCCAAGACACAAUUGCAGUAGCCGAAGACCUUGACUGCUUGGAAAAGUACGCUAAAGAUAUCCAAAAAAAUUUCAGAGAAAAAAGGGAAAAAGGGAGCUGGCGUUAA